CAUAUAUAUAAUAUUUCUGAUUUGUGUACUCCAUGCAUACACGUGGGCCUAAAUCCCCCAAAUUUCUAGUUUAAAUUAAACCCUCCAUAAUCCAAAAUAAUAAUCACAAACACACGACUAAUUGAGCUGAAGCUUCCAAUUCCAUCAAUGGCGGAAGUUAACAAGAAAUGUGCUGUUGUUACUGGGGCAAACAAAGGAAUUGGGCUAGAGAUUUGCAGGCAGUUAGCAUCUGAGGGUAUUACCGUAAUUUUGACAGCUCGUGAUGAACAAAGAGGGCUUGCAGCUGUCGAAACACUCAAAGGUUCUUCUGGCAUUUCUGAUGAUGACGUCAUCUUUCAUCAGCUAGCUGUCACUGAUUCAGCAAGUAUCGAUUCCCUCGCUCAAUUUAUCAAUUCUCGAUUUGGAAAGCUUGAUAUAUUGGUGAACAAUGCAGGGAUCGGUGGAGCCUUGGUCGAUGCUGAUGCUCUGAGAGCUUCGACUGAAGCUGCUAGUGGGGCUGGAGGGGCAAAAAUCAACUGGAAUGAGAUAAUGAGUCAAACGUACGAGUUAGCAGCAGAGUGCCUUGAGACAAAUUAUUACGGUGCCAAAAGAACCACCGAAGCACUGCUUCCCCUUCUUCAGCUUUCCGAUUCUCCUAGGAUCGUCAAUGUUUCCUCUUCAAUGGGAAAGCUCAAGAACUUACCGAACGAAUGGGCAAAAGGGAUACUGAACGAUGUUGAAAAUCUAACAGAAGAAAGAAUCGACGAGGUUUUGAAUGUGUUCCUUAAAGACUUCAAAGAGGGGUUGUUAGAAGACAAAAAAUGGCCUCGGUAUUUUGCUGCGUAUAUAGUCUCUAAAGCAGCCAUGAACGCCUACACGAGAGUUGUUGCCAAGAAACACCCGAGUUUUCAUAUUAACUGCGUCUGCCCCGGAUUUGUUAAAACCGAUAUGAACUACGGUACGGGUGUGUUGAGUGUAGAAGAAGGUGCAGAAAGUCCAGUGAAGCUGGCUUUGAUGCCUCAUGAUGGACCUUCUGGAAUGUUCUUUGUUAGGAAGGAAGUUUCUUCUUUUGAGGAAUAAUGAGUCUGGAUUUUGAAAAUAUGUAAACUUUUUUUUCUUUAAUAUCUAUAUAUAAUUGGCAAGAAGAUAUAUAAAGUCAACCAAAUUCGAAUUUCA